AUGUUUUUAUCAAAACUUAUUAAUGUUUCUAGGCAUGCUAAGCGUUCUAUCACAUACCUUCAUAGUGGUGCGAGAGUUCGUGGUUUAAAGAGAGACCCAGUAGAAAUGUUGAAAAAUCCAAUGGGGCUUCACUACGAUAAAGUUGAACCUGCCCAGUAUCAAGAUGUGGUUCGCAAAAACUUCAAUUUGGAGAGUUAUGGGUUGCAGCUGCCGGAUUAUGUUAUACUGCAAUGUCUAACACAUAAGUCAUUUGCUCAAGGAUGUAAGCCAUACAACGAGAAAUUGGCGAUUUUAGGAGGCCAAUUUUUGAAGUAUCGUGCUGCCGUUACUUAUAUGCAACUUUCAACUAGUGUAUGCAAGGUUAAUCCAAAAAAGAUUCAAGAGCCAGUUAAUGGCUUAAAUUUUGCAAAUUUGGGAUCGGUAGUUGCUAAGUCAGUUCUAUCCAAAGAAGUUGCAUCUGAAUUCGUCAAAUCUAAAAAUAUUGAUCAUCUAAUAUUUUGGAAUAAGCGAGAUAUUAAUGAAUCUGCCGAAUUCAACGGAGUGCAUACAAUACACUCUACAGUGUUGAACGCUUUGAUUGGCAGUGCAUUGACAUUUCAUGGUCAUGGAAAAACUAUAGAAUAUAUUGAAAAGGAAUUGCUUGAUAUUAAGAAAGAAGGAAGUCUGGCUUACUUGUCUAACGCGGGACUGGCAAAAAACUAA